CUCCGCGCCGCCGCCGCGCGCCGUCUACACCAACCACUGGGCAGUGCAAGUGCUGGGCGGCCCGGCCGCGGCGGACCGCGUGGCCGCGGCGCACGGCUACCUCAACCUGGGCCAGAUCGGAAACCUGGAAAAUUAUUAUCAUUUUUAUCAUAGCAAGACCUUCAAACGAUCGACCUUGAGUAGUAGAGGCCCUCACAGCUUCCUCAGAAUGGACCCCCAGGUGAAAUGGCUCCAACAACAAGAAGUGAAACGCAGGGUGAAGAGACAGGCGCGGAGUGACCCCCAGGCCCUGUAUUUCAAUGACCCCAUUUGGUCCAACAUGUGGUACAUGCACUGCAGUGACAAAAACAGCCGCUGCCGAUCGGAAAUGAACGUCCAGGCAGCGUGGAAGAGGGGCUACACAGGGAAAAAUGUGGUGGUCACCAUCCUGGAUGACGGCAUAGAGAGGAACCACCCCGACCUGGCCCCAAAUUAUGAUCCUUAUGCAAGUUAUGACGUUAAUGGAAACGAUUAUGACCCAUCUCCACGAUAUGAUGCCAGCAAUGAAAACAAACAUGGCACUCGUUGUGCGGGAGAAGUAGCCGCCUCAGCCAACAACUCUUACUGCAUCGUGGGCAUAGCAUACAACGCCAAAAUAGGAGGCAUCCGUAUGCUGGAUGGCGACGUGACUGACGUGGUGGAGGCCAAGUCACUGGGCAUCAGACCCAACUACAUCGACAUCUACAGCGCGAGCUGGGGGCCGGACGACGACGGGAAGACGGUGGACGGGCCCGGCAGACUGGCCAAGCAGGCCUUCGAGUAUGGCAUUAAAAAGGGUCGGCAGGGCCUGGGCUCUAUUUUCGUCUGGGCAUCUGGGAAUGGCGGGAGAGAGGGGGACCACUGCUCGUGUGAUGGCUACACCAACAGCAUCUACACCAUCUCCGUCAGCAGCACCACCGAGAACGGCUACAAGCCAUGGUACCUGGAGGAAUGCGCGUCCACCCUGGCCACCACCUACAGCAGCGGGGCAUUCUACGAGCGGAAAAUCGUCACCACGGAUCUGCGUCAGCGCUGCACCGAUGGCCACACGGGGACCUCGGUUUCUGCCCCCAUGGUGGCAGGCAUCAUCGCGCUGGCUUUAGAAGCAAACAACCAGUUAACCUGGAGGGACGUCCAGCACCUGCUGGUGAAGACAUCCAGGCCGGCCCACCUGAAAGCGAAUGACUGGAAGGUCAACGGUGCAGGUCUUAAAGUUAGCCAUCUCUAUGGAUUUGGCCUGGUGGACGCAGAAGCCCUCGUCAUGGAGGCCAAGAAGUGGACAGCAGUGCCCUCGCAGCACAUGUGUGUCGCCGUCGCAGACAAGAGGCCCAGGAGCAUCCUGGUGGUGCAGACACUGCGGACCAGCGCCCUGACCACAGCCUGCGCCGACCACUCAGACCAGCACGUGGGCUACCUGGAGCACGUGGUGGCCCGUGUCUCCAUCUCCCACCCGCGCCGCGGAGACCUCCAGAUACACCUGAUUUCUCCCUCGGGAACCAAGUCUCAGCUUUUGGCUAAGAGAUUGCUGGACCAUUCCAACGAAGGGUUUUCAAACUGGGAGUUCAUGACGGUGCAUUGCUGGGGAGAAAAGGCUGAGGGCCAGUGGACCUUGGAAAUCCAAGACAUGCCGUCGCAGGUCCGCAACCCAGAGAAACAAGGGAAACUGAAGGAAUGGAGCCUAAUCUUGUACGGCACGGCAGAGCACCCCUACAACUCCUUCAGCUCCCAUCAGUCACGCUCCCGGAUGCUGGAGCUCUCGGCCCCGGAGCUGGGGCCACCCAAGGCCGCUGCGUCGCCGUCCCAGACCGAGGUUCCCGAGGAUGAAGAAGACUACACAGCUCCUUCUACCCACGGCCCUCCUAAUAUUUUACAGACCAGUGUGUGCCAUCCGGAGUGUGGAGACAAAGGCUGCGAUGGCCCCAGUGCAGACCAGUGCUUGAACUGUGUCCACUUCAGCCUGGGAAACGCCAAGACCAGCAGGAAGUGCGUGAAUGUGUGCCCCUUGGGCUACUUUGGGGACACAGCAGCAAGACGCUGCCGCCGGUGCCACAAGGGGUGUGAGACCUGCUCUGGCAGGAGCCCGACCCAGUGCCUGUCUUGCCGCCGCGGGUUCUAUCACCAGCAGGAGACGAAUACCUGUGUGACCCUCUGUCCUACUGGAUUUUAUGCUGAUGAAAGUCAGAAAAAUUGCCUUAAAUGCCACCCGAGCUGUAAAAAGUGUGUCGAUGAACCCGAGAAAUGCACUGUGUGUAAAGAAGGAUUCAGCUUCCUUGUGAAGCUACAUCAAGUGCCUGGAAUAGGGCCUGGCCCAGGGUCAAGUUCUUCACAAAUGAUUUACUGUAUUCAAGAAGUCGGAAAUGGCAGCAUGUGUGGGACACAGGGCCAGGAACACAGAAGGGAGACGUCCUAUCCAUGUGUUCAAAUGUAGCUUGGAUAUAAGAACUGGGCCAGAACAUGGAAAGGAUGAUCAGAAGACCUAGCUGGGUCAAACAAAGGAGGAAAAAAGGUUGGGGGAAGGGUCUGCAAGAGCAAUGCUUCUUGUCCAGCCCGGAGAGCUGGCAUCACCAGGGCUUUUGUUGA